CUUCGCUGAGUCAGGACGAGGCCCGCCACACCCACCUACUUACCUUCACGACCUUGACGGCAGGCUGUUGGAAUAGUUUGUGCUUUAAUGACUGUGCAUCUGGUGUGCAUGCAAACCUGAGAGUCUGGUGUGCACUAACGAUCGUGAACCAACCCAACAGGUCGAGGAGUUCUAAGACACAGUCUUUCUGGUGACAUACCACUUAACAAGGCAUGAAAAAUAUAUAAUAAACAGAGAUGUCUGCGAAUAGAAAACGUAUUCUAAUAGUCGGAGCUGGAGCAUCUGGAAUUGCAGCUGCUUACUCCUUAGGAAAACAUGCAGAGAAAUUUGAAGUGCACCUAUGGGACAAGAGCUCAUUCCCUGGUGGUGUGGCAACUACAGAACCAAUAGAAGGUCCAGGUAAUUUAAGAAUAAAUGACGGAGUUCAAGGUGGGUGCCCUACAUAUAGAAACACUCUCAAUUUAAUGGCCGAGUUUGGUUUGGCCACCACGCCUGUCAAAAUGAUGAUCUCCUUUGGGAAAGGUCCAACAUUCUGGACCAAUCACAGUACCACAGAGCUGAUUAGAAACCACAAAGAGGAGAUUAAAAGAUUUGGAGGCACGCUGCGCCUCAUUAACAAGCUGGAAUUCUUCUUUAUUUUUGUACCCAUCUCACUGGUUCUCAACUGGUUUGGCUACUCUAAAAGUUUCUGUUACGAAAUGGUUUUCCCUUUGACUGCAUUGUUUUUUGGCACAGGUAAUCAAACUCCGAACGUAUCAGCUGCCAUUGUGGCCAGAGUGUUCUUGGAUGAUGACUUAAGGUUGUUUGAUUAUGAUCCAGAAAAUCUACUCAGUCAGACCCCAGAAAUGUUUGCGUUUCCUUACCUCCGCGAUAUGUAUGAAAAAAUUGUGAGUGGGGUUACAGCUGCUUUCCACCGAGAAAGGCAAGUAUCAAUGGUGACAAGGAGACAGGGUAAAGUUUAUGCUGUGGACGAAAGUGGAAAGGAGGAAGUUUAUGACGAAAUAAUAUUUGCUUGUGAUGCUGAAUCUGUGCUCAAAGUUCUUAAGUCGCCAACUUAUCUUGAAAGAAAAGCUCUUGGCAAUGUUCGCUACUACAAUGAUGUGACCAUCACACACGAAGACGAUGAAUACAUGACGAAGCACUAUGAGCUUAUAAAAAAUUUGGACCAGUAUUUCAUCAGGACAGAUUCAAGUGACCCAUCCAAAUUAGAAAUGUCAUUCAAUCUCUCAAACUACCAGCCCCACUUGAAAUCUUCUGGCCGAAACAUAUACCAGACUAUAUUCCUUGAUGAUAGCACAAAAGACAUCUGGACCAUUGAUGAAAUAAAGAAAGAUAAAAUUAGAUUCACUCGGUGGUGGAGGCAGUUCUCACAUACUUGGCGUCACUUUGCAUUCACUGUUCCUGUGAUGCGCUUCCUACAGGGUAAAAAUAAUACAUGGUAUGCGGGCUCAUACACACUUAUCAAUACUCAUGAAAUUGCCAUUAUUUCUGGCUUGGCUGCGGCGCAUCGCAUAGGAGCUGAUUAUCCGUUCGCCAAGGACGAGCUUGCUAGAAAACAGUUUGAACAAUAUUUGUUGAUGAUACACGGUAAGCCCAGGAAAUAUGGCCUCAACCUUCAGACAGCUAAAUCCAUGAUGCUGGCUCCAUUUAUGGUUGUGUUUGUAGCCUUCACCUUGAUGGUUCAGUUCUGCUUCAAAUUUUUUGACAAACAUUAAAAUAGUAUGUGGGUGUCACAUGAUUAGAUGCAAUCAUCCUCCCCAUGACCGCCCCUUUACCCAUUUAAGGCGGGGGGAUAUUUUGGGUAGAAUUUACACAAUUUGUGUCAAAAUAUUAUUACUAAUGUAAUUACGAAUAUCUAAUUAAUAUCUUCCUUUCUGUUGUUGGAGAUGCUUAUUGAUUAGGAAAACAAAAUGAUCUUUACAGGUCUUAAGAUUGUUCUGAUAGUGUGAAUGUUUUAACUAAUGCUUGUGUAUUUUCCACUGCUAUGUUAUAGGCUUUUAGUAUUGAUAAUUAUUUUUGUAUAGCAUUUAGAAUAAUUGUUAUUAUGAACUGCUAAAGGUCCCUUUCUGAUACUAUCAGGAUAAAGAUUUGUUAAAGAGAAACUCAUUUUAGUCUCCCCUUGACAUUGUCGAAAGUGAUUUUCUAAUGAUAUGACAAAGUUGUAGUUAAAAUGUUUCUUCUGUAUAUUUAUUGUAAUUUUAUAUAGUGCAUCUGUUACUUCAAGUGUCUUUGACCAGUCUGUUUUGCUUGUUGUUGACAUGGGACAAGUUCAUUUGCUGCCUUUAGGCUCUCUGCAAACACAACCUGGCCAGAGUUCAAUCACAAUGGAUUCACACAUGAGCCACUUCUGUUUGGUAGUUAAACUGUACAAGUCAAACUGCCUCACACUCAAAUGACAAUAAACAUUCCAUAUUUUUUGCCUUAGUUGACAUUGUGAUGUAUUAAUUUUUUUGUUUGUUUACAAAACCUUUGAUAGACAUCUUUUUUAUACCUGAUAUUAUAUGCAUUUAUUUAUCAUAAGAAAAUGAAGCAGGUAGGAUUUUAUAUUUUGUUUACCUGGGAAGGAUUUUAAAAUAUUUUGCUGAGAAUUUAAUUUAU